GAGCGCAGGCGUUGUGUCGGUGCAAAUUUCAAACGCCACCGAGUCGACAAACGAACCGACAGGCGGUCAACCGUCGCAAGGCCCAUUCGCGUCAAAGAAGAUAGUAGUUUUCGAUAAAUUGUAUCUAUUCGUGGCGACAUCAUGAGAGUGAGUGAAGUCCACGCAGCGGAGUCUGUUGCCUACCUCAACAGAGCGCUGGUCAGCUUGCAGGACAUUUGGGAAGAGAUCGGUAUUCCAGAGGAGCAGCGCCUACAGAGAACCAAUGACGUCCACAAGCACAUUAAGGGUUUGCUCGACCUGAUGAUCACCGAGGAAGACGAGCUGAAGAAGAGAUUAAUGAAAAGCAUCCAGUCCUGUCACAAGGAACUUGCUAACCUGUGCUCUGAACUUCAGCUGCCCCCCUUUGAGGAGGAGGACGGCUGCACCAUGUUGCAAUUGGAGAAGAACAGCCGCACGCGUCUGGAGGUGAUGAAGGAGCACAAGAAGCAGAGAAUGGAAGAGCUUAGAGGCCUCGUUGUCAAAGACCGUGAGCUGUGUGACAUCAUGUGCACUACGCCCUUCUGCAUUGACCACGACUCCAUCCCGUCGCUGGAGCAGCUAGAAACAUAUCAGGCUUACGUCGAUGAUCUGACCAAAGAGAAGGAGCAUCGCCACCAGGAAUUUGUAAGCAUAAAGAAGGAAAUUAUUGUAUACAUGGAGGAUCUGGAGCAGAACCCUGAGACCAGUUUUGAGAUGGAUGUGAUGUGUGAGGACGAAGAGGCAUUUUGUCUGUCUAAUGACAACAUUGCCGCCCUUAAAAUACUCCUCAGUCAGUUACAAGAUCGCAAGGCUGAGAAGGAACUCCGUUGUUCAGCUUUGCGCACUAAGAUCCAGGAGCUUUGGGAAAGACUUCAGAUUCCUGAAGAGGAGAGGGAAGCGCUCUCAGAGCACAUGGUCAAGUCAAAGAAGAAAAACGUGGAGGCACUCCAGGCGGAGGUCCAGCGUCUAGAGGUGCUGAAAAUGCAGAGCAUGAAAAGUUUCAUCGAGGCCAUCAGAGCUGAGAUUGCCCUUUUCUGGGAGAGAUGCUUCUACAGCCAAGAACAGCAGCAGGCUUUUGUUGCAUAUCACGAUGAUGAUUUUGCUGAGGAGCUUCUCAAUCUGCACGAGACCGAGGUCAGAACCCUGAAGAAGUAUUAUGAGGAUCACAAACAGCUCUUUGAGGGAGUCGCAAAAUGGCAGGACAACUGGACCUUGUACUUGGAACUUGACAAAAAGGCUAAUGACCCUUCAAGGUUCAACAACAGAGGUGGGAACCUUCUGAAAGAAGAGAAGCAGAGAGCUGACCUGCAGAAGAGUUUGCCUAAGUUGGAAAAGAGUCUGAAGGCCCAAAUUGAUGACUGGGAGCAGGAGCAUGGGAAGGAGUUCCUUGUGCAUGAACAGAAAUUCCUUGAGUAUGUGCAGCAGCAGUGGGAGCAACACCACAAUGAGAAGGAGAGGGAGAAACAGGACAGGCAACUGAAAAAAACAAAGCAGAUUCAAGAGGACAUGUUGUUCGGAACAGCAGUGAGGACGCCGACCAAAAGGCGAGUAAUGGGAACUCCCACACCCGGAAAAGUCAGAAAGCUCAACGGAACCUCAACCAUCUCCACUCCGAACAGCUUCCUCAGCUCAGGCCACGGUGGGACCAUGUGCCACUCCUCCAUCCAGAAACCACCUCUGUCUGCCAGCAAGGGUCUCGGCCUGCGAACUCCUGGAAAUGGAAAGACUCCUCGUGCACUAGACCGAAACAAGGAAAACCUCUCCCACCUUAACAGAAACACUCCGAGUGGCGCACUAAGGUCUCAGGAUACUCAAGAUCACACCAUCACCUUUAACUCUAUUGCUGGCUCCUAUACGGAAUUUGCGAGAGACCUCUCGAAGGCGUCUAAAUCCAAUGUGAAGUCCGGACUGCUGAACUCCACCGUCAGUCAUCACUGAUGUCCAGAGGAGCUGCUUCACCACCGGGAGUCAUCCAGCUCAGCGGUAGUUUGGUGAUUUGUUUUUUAUAUAAUUUUUUUAUAUAGUGGACAACAGGGAAUUUUAAUGUAACUUCUUAGAAAAUAUGUAAAUAUUUAAAUCUGUGUGAACGUUUCUUAUCCUGUUUUCACAAGACUAUAUUUCAGGGCAACUGCAGGAGCAGUGCUCUCUACUGUGUAUUUUCUGUUUUGGCUUUUGGAUAAUUUUUCUUUUAGGGUUAUAGCCUUUUAAGUGGACUUUUAUUAAUCAUCUACAGCACUACUUUUAGUACUGUAGCAGCAGCCAGCACACCAAGAAUUUCUUCCUGUAGCUGGAAUGACAGCUACAUUUGUUUGUCAAACUUUUUUAAAAUCAACCUGUAAAUAAACGUUUUUAAAAAAGCGUUCAUCCUCA